ACCGCACACACGAUGGUUGAAAACGGCGGGAAAGGGAAAAGCAAAUAAUUCCCAACUUUUAUGAAUGAAUGACUCUAGUGAUGAAGCCGACCGUAUGACGUAUUCAGUUCCAGUAACCAAAUGUACACUAUUUAAGUGCGCUGGGUCCACCGCUCUCCUUCAAUAGCAAACAAUCGUUUCUCGGUAGAACUGCCGGUUUAUUUCUAAUUAUCAUUUUUCGAUCGAAAGACGCCCGAUCGUACGGACGGUUUUUGCCGGGUGCAAUCACCGGUUUUCGUGUUUGUAAAUAGAAGAACAGAUACCUGUGCCUUCGAGGGAAGUUCCUAAAUUGAUUUUCAGAGAUGAAGCUGACUAUUAAACGACACUACCAGUGGAUCCUGUUCAACUGCCUAAUGUUUGUACCGUGGGUUUCGUGUCAGAGGUUGAACGUCAAUCGCAAUGGUGCAGAAGUCUUUUUCCGGCCGCUACGUAUACAACGUAGGUCUGUUUCGUUCCGGGAUGAUGACAAACCGCUGGAUCGUACAUUCUACCGAACUUCGACCGUUCGUGACUUGCAGUUAUAUCCGUCAAGAGAUCGGCGCCGAAUAGAUCACAAUUCCAAUCCUGACUUUUAUUUCGAUUAUUCACCAGAUGAACGAAGUACGUCCGGAGUAGGUCGGGUACAGUCGGUGGUCAAAGCUGGUGCCGAAUUUUCCUAUGUAGAUAAUGAAAACAGUGGACCACUGAAUUGGUAUCGAAUUGCACCGCAGUGUGGAGGGCGCUACCAAAGUCCGAUCAACCUGAACACAAGCAGUGCACUGGUUGUCAGGAAUAAGCGUCCGCUGCAGUUGAUCGGUCAGACAAAUCUCCCGCAAGCGAUUCGUUUGCAGAAUGACGGCCAUUCGGCAAAGUUUACCUACGCCUGGAAUGCGGGUGAUCGUCCAUAUCUUCGUGGCGGUCCGCUGAAGACCAAAUAUUAUUUUGAACAGUUCCAUUUUCACUGGGGAUCGAAUAGGACGGUGGGUUCGGAACACGUCGUAGACUCGCAGCGCUAUCCGAUGGAGUUACAUCUUCUGUUCUAUAAUGCCAUGUACACCUCAUUUGAAGACGCUCGUAACGAAGUGGACGGAUUAGCUGUGGUUGCACUGUUCUACGAAAUCUACGAUGAAUACGACGAACCGUUGAAUACGUGGACUCGUUUCCUGAAGGAAAUUACCGUUCCGGAUACGGAGUACAACAUUCAAUUCAUCGAUACGUUCCCACUGUACGAUUUAAUAGGCGAUGUCGAGUGGCCGUAUUUUUCGUACGAGGGCAGCCUAACUACGCCGCCUUGUCUGGAAACAGUCACCUGGAUUGUGGCCAGAAAACCAACGUUGCUCAUCACGCCCAAAGAAAUGAAACAGUUCCGUCGGCUGAAGUCCCACCAGGGAUUUAUGGUUAACAAUUUUAGGCCGGUACAAAAACUGUACAACCGUCGAGUGUUUCUCUAUUGACGCGGAACCUUCCGAUGGAUGUUUUCAAUGUUUGCAUUUUGUUAUGUCCAACAUUCAGUGAUAAAGAUUACAAUUCAUAUGUGAUUUGUAUUUUCCGAUGGUCUCAAACAAAGUAUUUGUUGAUUGUGAGUGCGGUGUAGUUUAGGUUAGGUAAGAGAGUAGUCAUUUUAUUUUAUUUGUUCAUAAAUUAUGCGUAACUUAUCCAAAGUAUGCUAUAAACCAAAAAGUAAUAUGAUUUAUUAUUCAAUUAUAAUUUAGACUUUCCUCAGAAUUAUGAUCGUGAAUAAAACA